UAAUAUAAUAGAUUCGCUUAUAACAACCCAUUAAGUUUCUCGUCAUUCAAUCUAAUAGUAGCAUAUAAACGAACGUCCUCAAUUUAUUUCCAUCAUUAUCUUGAACGCUUGCCAUGAUAUCGGUCGCUUUAUUUAUAUUUACAUUAUCAGUAACAAACAACCAUGCAGCUAAAAUACUGGCAGUGUUUCCAGUACCGUCUAUCAGUCAUCAAGUAGUGUUCCGUCCUCUUACUCAAGAACUUGCCAGGCGAGGACAUGAAGUCACGGUCAUCACACCAGAUCCCGUCUUCCCAAAAGGAGAAGCACCAGCUAAUCUUACAGAAAUUGACGUCCACUUCACUUAUGAAGAAUGGGAGAAAUUGUAUAAAAUCACUUCGGCUGCUGAUAGUGAUCUGAUCAAACAAAUGAGAGGAGCUUUCAGCAUGAUAGUUGACGUCUUCGAAAUUCAAAUGAAAGUGGAUGAAGUGCAGAACCUAUUGAAAGAGAAGUUCGAUUUGAUUUUAGUCGAAGCUUGUGCCCGACCAGCUAUAGUUCUGUCACAUAUUUUCAAAGCGCCAUUGAUUCAAGUGUCUUCAUUUGGACCUAUGAAUUUUAAUGUAGAAACUGUAGGAUCAGCCUGGCAUCCUUUGCUGUAUCCAGUGAAUUUAAGUAAAAGGUUAUAUAAUUUAACUAUGUGGGAGAAAGUCUUAGAGUUAUGGAACUUUUAUAGACUGGAGAAUGUUAUGCGUGAAGUAGAGUGUGAAGAAAAUAAGAUGACUCGACGAUUGUUUGGACCAAAUGUACCUACGAUAAAUGAGUUACAGAAUAACGUAGAUAUGCUGUUUUUGAACGUUCAUCCUGUAUGGGAAGGGAAUCGACCAGUUCCUCCAAGUGUUAUUUAUAUGGGUGGUAUGCACCAAAAACCUGUGAAGGAAUUACCAGAAGAUCUCAAAAACUACUUAGACUCUUCAAAGAACAGCGUGAUAUACAUCAGUUUCGGUACAAAUGUCAAACCUUCACUGUUGCCUCCAGAUCGAAUGAAAAUACUCCUCAAUGUCUUAUCUCAGCUACCUUACGACGUGCUGUGGAAGUGGGACAAAGAUGAGCUCCCCGGACGUACUAGCAAUAUUAAGAUAUCCAAGUGGCUGCCACAGUCAGACCUCUUACGGCAUCCAAAAAUCAAAGUAUUCAUAACACAAGGAGGUCUACAAUCAACAGAUGAAGCUAUAACAGCAGGAGUGCCUCUGAUUGGUGUUCCAAUACUUGGUGAUCAAUGGUAUAAUGUAGAAAAAUAUGAGCAUCAUAAGAUUGGAGUCAGACUUGAUUUGGAAACGCUGACUGAGGAACAAUUAGACAAAGCAAUUAAUGACGUCAUUGGAGAUAAAAGAUAUCGUGAAAACAUUUUGAAACUCGGGCAAGUAAUGUUUGAUCAACCACAACCACCGUUGGAGCGUGCGGUGUGGUGGACGGAGCACGUGCUGCGUCACGGCGGCGCGCGACAUCUGCGCUCUCCCGCCGCCAACAUGUCGUGGACGCAGUUCCUCGAACUAGAACUAGUUCUUACGGUAGUAGCUGUUUUGCUACCAAUUGUGUUCCUGUUGUCAGUUUUUGUGUAUAAAAUAUUUAAGUAUGUUAGCGUAAGUCCUAAAGAGAAAAUAAAGAGCAAUUGAUAUAAUCAAUAUGAUGAGAUUGAUGACUACUUUAAGAAAGAUUGUAUGAUAUGUAUUAAUCAAAAUGUAAUUGUUAGGUACAGAAAAAGAAUUAAGGUCACUGUAUUUUUUUUUUACAUUUUUAGUUACAACAUACACUAUGUAUUUUGGUUCUGUAGACUGUUCGUGUUUUACAAAUUAAUUCUUUAUCUUUAAUGCUCAUGAUUUUGCAUUAAAAGUGUGAAAUAUUUUGUUUGUAAUACAUUGUAUGACCUGUGAUAUUUUAGCAAAAAAUGAUAGAGAAAAUAAAAUUCAUCCAAUUGUUGUGAUAAUACGUAGAUAAUAAAUUGUAAAGAAAUAUGAGUAUCAUUAUUUUACUAAAUGAUUUUCAUGUCAUCAUGUUUAUCUUCGUUUCAACUUUAUUCAUAGUCAUUAAGUUUAAACCAUGUUAAGAUUUGGUCCCCUUCAACCACACUUUGGUCCGACUUUCAAACAUUCCUGAUAUGCCAAAAUUACAUUGUGGGUACCUAUCAAAUAUGUAAGUUCUUUGAUAGAAGUCCUCGUUUCUGGAUCCUUUUUUUUAGAAAGUAUAUCUAUCCAUAUUGACUUUCACUCCGUUCAUCCAUUGAUUCAUCCCCUUCCAC